CCGCGAAUCAAAAUUGGGAUCCAACACGGCCCUACUGAGAACACUCAAGUACACGAUUGUAGCAGCAAUGGUGAUCCAUUUAACGGCCUGUGGAUGGUAUUACUUAGCUUGUACAGGAUGGCAUGGUAAUGAGACACCUGUCUGUCAGAACGACUCCUGGGCGUUAUCCUUCAACUUUGGCCAAGACUUGGACGAAGCAUCAACUGGAGAUUCAUACGUCAUUUCACUGUACUGGUCUGUCGCGACUGCUACAUCUACUGGAUAUGGUGAUAUAAGCGCUGUGAAUGAGAAGGAGAAAUGGUUUUCAAUCUUCGCCAUGUUGCUCGGUAUCGUCGUCUUCUUCGGCAUGAUCCUUGGCGGUAUGGCAUCCAUGUUGACCAACUUUGACGCACAGAGGGCGCGCUACACACAUCGCUUCAACGUUAUUAAGGAUUCACUUAAGGACCAAAGCGUUCCCGAGGACCUUCAGAAACAAGUGAUAGGUUACUACGAGUACCUGUGGGUCAGGAAGAAAGGUGUGACCGACGACAGUCUUAUCAAUGCUCUGCCUCUCACCUUCCAUGCUGAAGUCUCUCUCAGUGGAAACAAGUACAUUCUAGACAAGGCGCCCAUGUUCCAAGGGCUGAGUGACGGGUUUCUGCGCAUGCUCUCUCUGGAGAUCAAACCAUCGCUGUAUCUGCCACGGCAAAAAAUAGCUGGAAGGAACGAGAUUUGCCACGACAUGUACUUCAUACAGAGAGGAGAGAUUGAGGUCCUAUCAGCUGAUGAUGACGACACACCCAUUGCAAGGCUCAACCAUGGGAAACUAUUUGGAGAAGUUAGUCUUAUCUUCAGCAUGCCCCGAACAAACACCAUCAGAGCCGCUGCUCACUGCGACCUGCUAGUCUUGGACAAGGGUGACUUACAAAAUGUCCUCCUUCACUACCCUGAAGUCGCCAAGAAGUUGCAGGAUAUCGCGGAUCAACGUUGCGAUGCAGCGGGUCUUCUAGAGGAGCGCGUCCGAGCCGGUGAAGGCAUCAUUCCUGCCUCAAAAAGCCUCUCAAGACAUGGAAACCCACAAAACAAACAUGACUCGGCCUAUCCACUCAACUCGUACGAAGCAUUUGACAUGGAAGACGUAGAAUCGGAAUGGGUAACUGUACACAGGGGAUCCGUCGUGAUGCACAGCCCGGCAAGGAUGACACCAUCGCGAACUGGACGUCAUCUACGUAUCUUAUGGGAUGACAUUCAAUCCCUCAUCACAGACACAGUCGUCCUACCCAACUCACGAUUCGCUAGGCUCUGGGAGCUCCUCGUCCUACUCGUCACCCUCGUCAUCGCCUUCCUAUACCCGUACUGCGCUAGCUUCAUCGCCAACCAGAAUCGUAACGACGAAGGAACCGAGAACCUGAUUCUCCUCACACACAUGUAUCUCAUGGACUUCGUGCUCGUCAUCGACAUCGUAGUACGACUUCGAACGGCCGUCACCACGCCCAACGGUACAUUCAAGGACUUUCAUUACAUCCGGGACCACUACGUUCGGAGCUGGGGUUUCGUGGCCGAUGUGGUUGCGAUCCUACCCCUGGAUCUGUUCUGUCUCCUGCUACCUGUAGGCAUCCAACGGACCCAUGCUCUCUAUCUACUGGCUCUCAACAGGCUUAUCAAGUGCUGGCGGGUUCCAAACUACCUGCAAAACUUGGAGCAGAACCUUGACGUCAACAUCGGGACCAUCCGAUUCUUCAAGUUUGUCAUCUACAUUGCUCUUCUCUCCCACUGGAGCGCCUGUCUAUGGUACCUCUUCGCAUGCCCAUCGGGCAACUGUCAAGUGGACAUGUUCAAAAGCGAUGCACAUUUCGUGUUCAACAGUAAGGGGUCGACGAGCGACGACGGUGCGCAAGCCGCUCCUGCCGUGGACAUGCCGGUGGACGAGGUGUUCACGCUCCCGUCACACGAGUACAUUCAAUCGUUAUACUGGGCUGCGGCAACGAUGACAUCUACGGGCUACGGAGACAUCAGCGCGCAUUCGACCAUCGGCCGCGCCAUCGCCCUGGCUGCGAUGCUCGUGGGACUCCUCCUCUACGGCUACUGCCUGUCCUCCAUCGCUGCUACGCUGGCAAACUCUGAUGCCCCAAGAGUGGGUUUCCAGGAGAAGCUGUUUGCCGCUCAGGAUUUCAUGAAGAAACACAACCUGACUCCAGAUCUUCAACAGAGGGUGGUCAACUAUCUCAGUCUGGUCUUCAGAAGACACAGAGGAGAAGCUAUCCCUGGUGGAGAGCGUGUCAUGCAUGACAUGCCCAUUCAGCUCCAGCAGGACAUCGCCUACCAGGAUGUACAUGAGACACUCAGCAAGGUGCCACUGUUCAAGGAGUGUGACUCUAACUUCUUGCGCAUGCUUGCACUGAAGCUCCAUGUGUUCAUCUUCAUGCCUGGUGAUGUUAUCGUAUAUCAGGGGGAUAUGGGUCGCGAGAUGUACUUCAUCAGAAGAGGUACCUGUGAGGUUUUGUCCAAAGACGGCAAUCAUGUGAUGAGCAACAUUGGACCUGGCCAGUACUUUGGCGAGGUUGGCCUAAUCUUUGGGGAUUACCGCACGGCCACCGUGCGUGCAGCAUCAUACUGUGAAUUGUUGAUGCUGAAGCGAGUGGAUCUCGACCGGGUGCUCAAGUUCUUCCCUCUGAUUGAGAAGCAAUUCUCAGAUGCAGCAAGGAACCAAGGCCAUCUGAGAGAGCUGAGAGAUGCAUCCAAAGUAGACAAGAAACCAGUUGAAUUCACUCCUGGUACUGUGUUGGAGCCAGAGGAUGAUGAGGAUUCCGAGGACAUGUCUCUCUACCCUGCAGCCACCUCUCUCAGACCCGUAGAUAUCUCCAUCAAGAUCUUUGACAAGAAAAGUGAGGAUUUCCAGGAGCCAUUCCAGGAAAUAAGUCUGCUGAGUCGUCUCUUUGCCAAACUUCUCAUGAGUCGUGCUUUCAUCCCGAAUGGAACAUGCUUCAAGCGUUGGGAAGCGAUCCGUGUUGCUGUGGCAAUCCUGGCUGCCUUCACGGUAACCCUUCAAGCGGCUUUCCUUCACAUGAACAUCGGACUUUGGGUCGUCACCUACGGCCUAGAUUUCAUCUGCUUCGUUGACAUGUACCUGAAGUUCCACACUGCAUUCUACAAUGAGAGCAACGUGCUAGUCACUCAUCCAUUGUCAACUGCUAAGCACUAUCUGAGAACCAAUUUCCUGAUUGACGUCCUUGCUUGCUUCCCAACCGAGCUGAUAGCUUACGCAUUGAUUGGAAAUUUCUCUCAGGAAGCUAUUCAUGUCUAUGCCUUGGUGAGAAUCAACAGGCUUCUGCAGCUAUACAGAGUGCCACUUGCUUUCAACUACUUGGAGUCCGAUGUCCAGAAUUUGACAGGAAACAUCAGAAUGAUGAAGUUCUUCUUCUACAUGGUCCUAUUCAUUCACAUGCUGGCGUGUAUGUGGUACAUGAAUGCUUGUCCACCGGUCUUCAAGUAUCCGAUUACCGGCGAGACUUUCAACGGCUUCAUCACCACCAACUUCCACCGCUGCAAGAACAACUCCUGGACGUCCAAAACGGACACAAGUUUCUAUGACCAACCAAUUGCUGCCCAAUAUGUGACUAGUAUGUACUGGGCCUCAGCCACCGGAGCCUCGGUAGGAUACGGAGAUAUCCAUGCCAACAGUGUCUCCGAGAUGAUCUUGGCUCUCUUCUCCAUGAUCGUUGGUAUUGUCUUUUUCGGGUACAUCAUAGCUAGCGUAGCAGCCAGUUUGGCCAACGCAGACGCCCAGAGAGCACGAUACCAGGAGAAGCUUACUGCUAUUGCAAGAUACCUCAAGGAUCAGCGUGUAGAGAAAUCCUUGGCCCAGCACGUUGACGUCUACUACAACUACAUGUGGUUAAGGACCAAGGGUGUAGAACCAGACUCUCUCUUUGAUGGACUUCCUCUAGCUCUCAAAGCCGAUGUCUCCCUCAACCUCUAUCAAGGGAUCAUCAACAAGGUACCGUUGUUCACGAACACAGAGAUAGGCUUUCAAAAGAUGUUGGCCAUGUGUAUCAAGCCAGUCUACUACCUCAACAGGGAAUACAUAGUACGCAAGCAUGACUUUGGAAAAGAAAUGUUCUUUAUACAUCGUGGUCUCGUUGAGGUGGUCUCUGAAGACGGGUCAAUCGUCUUUGAUACGAUGCAAGCUGGUAGAUUCUUUGGUGAAAUAAGUCUGGUCUUCAGUUGUCCAAGAACAGCCUCCAUUAGGGCCCAGAACAAUGUGGACAUGUUUGUGCUGAACAAGGAAGAUUUAGACGAAGUACUGACCCACUACCCAUCCAUCAAGGACCAGAUCAAUAAGGUUGCAGAAGAUAGGAUCACUGCUGUACGCAAGAGAAGUGAGGCCAAGGUUGACCAGGCAAGCAAUACCCCAAACAACAGCAAUAACAACAGCAUCAAGGGUAGUAGCUUCAACAGCAUCGAGAAGUCUGAGAACUCCACAGCAAGCGCAAGCAGCAGCGGUCACCCAUCAUGCUCCUCCACAGCCGACAACGCCAGCAGCCAGACCAAACCGGAAGAUGGACAUUCCACCGGUACCGCUGCAGCCGCCAGCGAUAACAGGAGCGAGCCUGAAAGCCCCAGCGUCAGCAGCACAGCAGCCACGACGCCAACGUCUACUGAACCACCACCUCCCAGUGCUGCCCCCAUGAAGCCGGCCCGGCAGAUCCCUCAGCCUAAUGCCAACAACAAUGCCAGCACUGGAGAAGGCAGUGGUAACAACAACAACCAAGGAGGAAAUAAUGCCUCAAACACGCAGUCUGACCCGUCAGCCCCUGAUAGUUCCUCCUCCACGACCCACGUACCCACUCGCUACCCGAUGCCCUUCUGCUGCAUCAGACGGGACAAGAACUACCUAGAGGCACUUCUCCAUGCCAACCGCUUCGUUCUGAACCCUGACAGCCCAGUGGUGCGGAACUUGGCCAGACUGACGUGCGUUCUGGCUGUAGCUACUUCGUGGACCAUCAUGUAUCAGGCAUUCUACCAGGUUCAAAGCAUGCCUUUCCUCAUCUUCAGCUACGUCUGUGAAUGUGUCUUCAUCUUUGAGAUCUACAUCAAGUUUCAUGUCAGCAAUGCGGACGAGUAUGGUGCGCUCGAGAAAGACUUCGGCAAGAUAUACAAGAGCUACUUACGCAAGUGGAGCGGUUUUGCCCAGGACUUGAUACCCACGCUUCCCAUAGAGCUCUUUGCGUUCCUUGCCCAGGGGGACAAACAAUUUGCAGUGCUGUCGUUCUUGCGGUUCCGUCAAGUUAUACGUCUGAUGCGUGUCUCUCAGUUCUUUGACAGAUGGGAACAGGAACUCAAUAUCAACAUCUUGAAAGUGAGAUUGACCAAGUUCCUGGUGUUACUACUGAUCAUCAUUCAUCUGUUUGCUAGCAUCUGGUACACCAUAGCAUGUCCUCUGAGUAAUUGCAAAAACGGCUCAUGGGCUACUAUGAUGGGUUACACAGAAAAUGAACCGUACAUCUUCUACCGUUACUGUGAUACUAUCUACUGGGCUGUGGCUACGUUGACAUCAACAGGAUACGGUGAUAUCCAUGCAUACAGUGUUCCUGAGCUAGUAUUUGCAAGUAUGGUGAUGGUGUUUGGAAAGCUACUCUUUGGUUGGGUGCUCGGAAACAUCGCCUCCACCCUCGCAAACGAAGAGUCGGGACGAGUCAGCUAUGAGGAGAGACUUGCAGCGGUCAAGGACCAAAUGAAGGACAUGAGAUUAAACAGUAAGCUGAGGAAUCGAGUCAUCAGCUACUUUGACUACUUAUGGGCACGCAACAAGGGUAUAGAUCAGAGUAUCCUAUUCAGAGAUGCCCCAUUCUGUCUCCAGACUGAUCUAAGUCUCGAUGUCGCAGGCGAUCAUCUACAGAAGGUGGCUCUAUUCCGAGAGGCUGAUGAAGCAUUCCUUCGUGCUCUUUCCCUGAUGCUCAAACCUGUUCUCUUCAUGCCUAAUGAUCUGAUUGUCAGACAGGGAGACGUAGGAGAUGAAAUGUACUUCAUCUGUAGAGGAGUGGUUGAAGAGCUGGAAGUGAACAGCCAUUCUCGUGUUGCCAGGGUUCUAGAGACCGGCGAAUUCCUAGACGACAUCAACCUCCUCUACGACGUCCCACGGCGAACCUCGUACCGGGCUCGAACCCACGUGGACGUCCUUUCACUGUCGGUGCAUGAUCUGAAGUCGGUGCUGGAGCAGUAUCCGCAGGUGGAAGCGCAGAUCCGUCGGAUCGGGAAAGAGCUCUACGGCGACUAUGCCAGUAGUGUGAACGCCCAAGAGAACUUCCCUGCCAAGCAAACUGAAGUCUAAACAAAAACAAGCUACCAGCUCUGCCAGGCUGGAGACGGCAGAGCGUCUGUUUCACCCAAAGUAUUAAACGAUGGUGACAAGUUAUGAGCUGUUGAAUGGUGGGUGACAUGCGAGAGAUGUGAGGGAAAGAGAUAAUAAAGAAAGAAAUACUUGCAUAUUUAUAGCCAAUUGUGGCCUAAAUACAAUGUUUCUUGUAGACAUAUAUUAUGCAAUUGUGUGCAUUGUAUGAUGGUGUGUAUUCCCAAUAGUUCUGUAGUUCACAGUGAAUAGAUAGAUAAGAGUACUAAGGAUUAUUCUAUAUCCCUGACUGGAGUGAAAAUGUAUAAAAUAUAUAUUACAAUUAAGUGCUCGUUUACCCUAAAGGCAGACAUUUUUUCAUGGCAUAGCGAAUUUCAUGAAUCAUAAAACAAGAGCAAACAUUUGCAUAUAUCUAUGCAAUGUCAACAGGACGGACUGAAAACAAGAGGAAGAUGUAUUCAAUCAAGCAGGCCAACUCCUUGCGUAUGUUCUAGUGAUGCUUCAGUGAUGCUUAGUGUGAAAAUUGAGAGAGAGCUAUCAGUUUGACAGUAACAUUCUAUGAAAUGUAUAUUCCUGUAGCUUACAAAAAUGCAGUGGUAGAGUUUCAGACUCAAGAGAUGUUGAUGUUGAUGUAUCUGUUUGCAUUAUAUACUAUACCUGUGCCAAACAAAUUGAGGUUAUUUACGACGGUGUUUUUUAUGUUGCCCAGAUGAUACAUUCAGAGAGAUAGUGGCAGCACAUAAAUGUUUGCUCCUUAACCCUUAUCCUGCCAUAAUAAAUACAGUCCAGUGCCACAGGGCUAAUCCCCAUUGUGCCAAGCCACAAAUCCCCCCUGUGCCAAGUUUAUUUUGAGAUAAUCUGAUGCAUGCGAUGGUACGAUCAAUAAUAUCGUGCGAAGCACUCAGCUCAGUACACUGAUCCAGGACAAUAACUGCUAUUAUGAAUGCGAGCAUGCAUGCAUAAAGCAGCUAAGCUGUGGCUCGCUGUGUGAAUUAAGCAGCCAAUCGAUAGCGCACUCACGUGUACAAAACACUAUAACGGUAGCGUGCAUGUGGCCUUAUGGCAGGAUAUGAGUUAAAACUUGUAUAUGAUGUAAUGAAAUGUUCAUAUAUAUAGCGAAAUGAGGCAAGUUGUAAAAGCUGCCAUGAAAUAAUUGUAAAUGAGUUAUUUAUGUGAUGUAACAGGGUCCUUUCUAGUAUAUUAAAUAUGUAGAAACAACUAUAUCAAUUUUACUACAUCUAUUUUACCCCAAAAUUUCUUUGCAACAAUAUAUCUAAUGGUAAAAUCAUAUAGUUAAGCCAAAUUUGUUUCUUUCUCUUUCUCCUUUUAUAACAUUUGGUUGUAUGUGGCAAAGAUUGAAUUUAAAAAUCUCAUGACCUUAUUCAAUGGUGAACUUAUUUGAAGAAAUUAAAUAUUGUCUUUUCGGUUUACACUAUGGAUUUGGCAACAGUUUACGGCAACUUGAUGCGCUUACAAUGUUCAGCAUCAUCUUUUGCAAAGUGGAUAAAGGCAAAAAUUGUGCAAGUUUGGUAUUCAUUAUCUUAAAGUGUCUGAAGUAUACAGUAUAAUGUAUUUUGGCUGAAAUUGUAAAGGUUAUUUAUUAACAUACGUUUAAUAGAUUGGUAACCUAUUUAUCCUGAAUAUUUCAGCAUAUGAUCAGAUAAUAAAUGAUUUUGUUUAUCAUUGGAAAUAUGAAAGUUUACUGCUGAAAUGUUAUACUUUCUAAAUUUCUUUUUAUGAGAGAAAGAUAUAAUAAUUGAACCAAGCGUAUGAAUUUAGCUUCUAAUAUCUCCCUUUUAUCUGAUAUAUUUGAAUGCUAAAGCUGGGAGACGGUUGCGUGUGUAUAUAUAUAUAAAUGAAUAUUUCAAACCUGUAUAUAACUUUUUUCAUACUGUUUUUCAGAGUUUUUGCUUUUUAAUUUUGAUUCUAUUCAGCUGUUUCUUGUUCUGAUGUUUCAAGUUUUAUUUAAUCUUUGAGUCAUGGAUUAUUGUGGAAGAUCAGUAUAUUGUACUCUACAUUUCUAUCCAUUGCUCUUUGUAUUUAAUUUCUUCCUAAAUGAACCUCAUACAUGUAAUUAUUAGCUUCUUUAUGGAUCAAAUUAUUUGCAGUCAUCUUCAUGUAAAGUUCUGCUAUGCUAUGAAGGAAUUUCGUAUCUCAAUCUGUAAUGUGUUUUGCUGCACCAUCCAUAAGGUAUUUAUCUUUUCCAAUAAACAGUCUGUGACUUUGGCCCUUUAAAAUGGUGCAUCAUCCCAAUGUCCCAAUAAUUAGCCCAAUUCAAAUGAAUUGUCACAGCAAACAUCAAAGAACAGUGCAGAUAAUGGCGGCUACACACAAAGAGUUGACCCAAUGUUCCUCAUGUGUCAUUAGUUUGUGAGAAACAUAGGUUUUUAUGAGAAUCCUCAGCUCAUGUUCUUGUUAAAAUCUGUUUUCCAUUGGAUAUUUUUCAAAUUAAAUGUUCAGAAGAAAUUCAAAAGUAAUUCGUCUUUUAGAAAUAGAGAUAAAAGAAUAUCCGUAUAUACUUGUAUUGGGAGAAAAAAAAAGAGUAAAAGUACAUUUUGUAAAAUAGUUGAAAAAAGACUUUAAGUGCAAGGAGGGAGCAUUAUAAAGAAUGCCCCUCAAGUAUUUUGUUUUGAAAUCAAUUUAUUCUUUCUGCCUGCAAAUGUCUAUACUUAUAUCUUCCUUAAUCUAUAUUUCAAAACCGAAAUUGCUUCUUGUGAAAGUCUUGUUUUCUCUAUUCAAAUGUUAAUACGAGCAAUAAGAGUAUGUUUUCUUUCUGUAUGUUCAAAUUUGAUUUCUUUGUUAUAUUUUCUUCUGCAUAAUUAUGGAUCCAGUAUUGCUACUUUGGAUGUAUAUAGAGAGUUUAUUUCUCCUAUCCUGUCAGAUAUUUUACCCAGAGCAUAUCAUAGAUAUAGAUUUUGUUGCCUACCCCCGAAGUAGGACACUGAUAGUUAUCACUGUAGAUAUUUGUCUUUUUGAUAGGAACUGUUUGAAGCUGUAACUAAUUUCAUUAUAAUGCAAUUGUACAUGCAAACAACAAUGCUUUAAUAUUUAAUUUGCUAAAGAGUACAACCGUUUUAAAAAUAUCAUUCAAUAGGUGUUAACAGGCAUAUACAGAUGUAUUCAUGGAAUGGAGCUUGAUUUAUUUGAAGUACAAUUUGAAUGAAUGUAACAUUACAGGAACUGUAGGAUCAUAACACAUUUUCAUGAUUCUUUUGUGAUAUAAUUUGACAGAAAUUUGACAGGAUGGCAUUGUAUAUGGAUCGUUUAUGCUUUUAAAAGUGUGUGUUUUCAUAUACUCCUUAUAUACAAUCAUGGCACUGUGUCUCUUUCUUGUAGUAGCAGUGUACUAUUGAUAUUAUUAACAUUACAUAAUAUCUGCCCUAUGUUGAGAAAAGGAUGCAAUCAUCUUACACAUGUACAUUUGUCAAAAGAUAUUGGGAAGAUGCUCUAAAACUUUGAAAUUGUGGACAAUCAGAGUGUAUUUAACAUGAUUUCAUGUUUUAAACGGAAGAAAGCCCUAGUGUUGGAAAGACUCCUAUGUUUUGACAGGGGAAAUAUGAGAGCUAAAUGUCUUUUUUUUCCCCGUUUGCUUCCUUUUGUCAAAGUUGGGCAGAUUUGUCUUGGAUACAAGUUGUAGAUUUUAUCAGCAAAGAUGUUAAAACAGGGUGUCCUUACCUCCUAUAUGUAUGUUCAGUGUAUCUAGUAUCAAACCCAUUAUAUUUUCUUUCUUGGAUUAAUUUCUUUCUUGCUUUGUAACCCCUCUUUAUCUUCCCUCUCUUUAAUGCUGUUGUCUAUAUCGAUUGUUCAUAGAGUUUUUACCUUGUAUAUAUUAUAUAGUGUAUAAAGAAGACCAAUUUGCUAUCAUAUAUCAAAUGUGAUAAGUUACCGACUUAAAAAAACAAGUAGUUUGAAAUAAAGUGUUUUCAUCAUAUCCAAUUUAUGUUGCCAAUCUAAUAUAUGCAAGUGUCUCUCAUGGUUUCUCAUAUUAAAUGAUAAUCCAAUUGAACUUAAUGAAAAAUGCACUGGAAACGUGUGCAGUGUAUACUGAAUUGAAUUUAUAGAAACCUGCUCAAACCUGCUUAAACUGAUUACAUUGAAGCACUUUGAAGUCACUAGAUUAAUUUGCGUUUACCAGGCCUGAUAAAAACCCGAUUUAAAUCGGUUUCCCGAUU